UUUGCUUGCUUUUUGCAAAGUAUCAGAAGAAGAAUUGUUCGUAAUUAUCGCUGUAGCCUCAAGGAUCUCAGUGCGUUCCCGAUUAGGAAAGGAAUCGAAUCCUGUACAACAAGUGCUCUAAAAGUGAAACAGAUUGACAAACGAGUUCCAACAGUCAAAGCUCGUGGUCAACCGAAAAAAAGUAGUAGCAGCAGUUGAAAAUCAAAUCGUAAAUCAACAACAGCAGCAGGAUACAGCGCAUUAGACGUGCAAUUCGACCGAUUAGCAAUUUCGCAAAACAGUUCCAAGUGUUGUUUUAGUGAAAGGCGCCCAUACUUUGCAAAGUUUUUUCGACAAAACAGAAAAAAGGGACAUUUCCGUGUUCUUCCAUCCAACAAGUAAUUGGAGUGUGCGUGUGUUCGACGACUUCGAAGUUUCUAGAAAUCUUUUUACAAUUUUCGUCUCAAACCCCACCUUGCUCAAACACCAGAUCAUGAUGGCCGUUGCAGCUGCCCAGAAGAACCGCGAAAUGUUCGCCAUCAAGAAGUCCUACAGCAUUGAGAAUGGCUAUCCAUCCCGACGCCGUUCUCUUGUUGACGAUGCUCGCUUCGAAACCAUCGUAGUAAAGCAGACCAAGCAGACCGUCCUGGACGAAGCCCGUGCCCUGGCCAACGUAGAUCCUAGCCUGGAAUGCACGGUUCUACAGGCCGCAGAACAGCAUCCACAAGACGAAAAUGACGUUCUUCCACCAGAGGGAGACAAUGCAGUUCCCAGCGGCACUCAGGACGAUGAAACAGACGCCGGCCUAACGGAGGAGGAAGUGGUGCUUCAAAACGCUGCCUCCGCCUCGCCCGAGGCCGAAAAGGAAUCCGUCCGCGCCGCCGUCGUUGUGCACCUGCGGGAUGGCAUGGCCAAUCUCGGCCGGAUCCUGAAGGCGGUCGAAACCUUCCACGGAACCGUCGCGCACAUCGAAUCGCGCCAAUCGCGCAGCGAGGGCGUCCAGUUCGACGUGCUCGUCAAGGUUGACAUGGCCCGCUCCAAUCUGCUGCAGCUGAUCCGUUCGCUGCGCCAGACCGCGUCCUUCGGUAGCGUUAGCUUGCUGUCGGAGAACACCAACGUCAACGUGAAGGCUCCCUGGUUCCCGAAACAUGCUUCCGAGUUGGAUGGCUGCAACCAUCUGAUGACCAAGUACGAACCGGAUCUGGACAUGAACCAUCCCGGAUUCGCCGACCAGGAGUACCGCGCCCGCCGGAAGGAGAUCGCCGAGAUUGCAUUCGCUUACAAAUACGGUGACCCAAUCCCCCACAUCAACUACGUGGACACCGAGAACGCGACCUGGGGCGUCGUCUUCGGCCGCGUCAAGGAGCUGAUGGUGAAGCACGCCUGCUCCGAGUACAUUGCCGUGUUCAGCAAGCUGGAACAGGAGAAGAUCUUCGUGAAGGAACGCAUCCCGCAGCUGCAGGAGAUGAGCGACUUCCUGCGCCGGAACACCGGCUUCACGCUGCGACCGGCCGCCGGGUUGCUCACCGCCCGAGACUUCCUCGCCAGCUUGGCCUUCCGGAUCUUCCAGAGCACCCAGUACGUGCGCCACGUCAACUCGCCCUACCACACCCCCGAGCCCGAUUGCAUCCACGAACUGCUAGGCCACAUGCCGCUGCUGGCCGAUCCGAGCUUCGCACAAUUCUCGCAGGAAAUCGGAUUAGCAUCGCUGGGCGCCUCGGACGAGGAGAUUGAAAAGCUGUCAACGGUGUACUGGUUCACCGUCGAGUUCGGCCUGUGCAAGGAGCAGAAUGAGGUGAAGGCCUAUGGCGCCGGUUUGUUGUCCGCCUACGGAGAGCUGCUGCACGCCAUCAGCGACAAGCCAGAGCACCGCGCAUUCGACCCAGCCAGCACCGCCGUUCAGCCCUACCAAGAUCAAGAAUACCAGCCCAUCUACUACGUGGCUGAGAGUUUCGAGGAUGCCAAGGAGAAGUUCCGUCGCUGGGUAUCGACCAUGUCCCGACCAUUCGAGGUGCGCUUCAACCCACACACCGAACGCGUCGAGGUCCUCGAUUCCGUCGACAAACUGGACACCCUGGUGUCCCAGCUGAACACAGAAAUCCUGCAUCUGACGAACGCAAUCGCCAAACUGCGACAACCGUUCUGCUAAAGCAAAAGAUUUUAAAAUAAUUUACUAAACAAUAAGAGUGUCGCGUCCGACUCCGUCCGAGUGCCAACCCGCGUCCCGGAUUGCGGGGACCACAUCCGGUAGCCAGAUCCUACCGGAAAUAGCUAGGCGGCACUCGACCAGUAGCGCAGCAAAGAAACAAUGACGACCGACCGAUAUUCUCUUUUUUAACCUUAAACGCCUAUAAAAAGCAAACACUAUAUUCUCACGCUAAUGACAGCCAAAAAGACAACAACAGUAUUUAAAAAAAAAAAGUGCGCGUAUUACCCCACACCAGGGGCGCAUCUCGGGACGCCGAGAUGACACCAAGGAACCUACACCUUCCUAUAAAAACCGAAUGGAGUAGCAGAAGCAGAAGUCGGACCAAUCCUAUCCAACCAAUCCCCAAGACACGAGAAAGCAGCUUUCAUUCAUAUUUUCCGGAGAAUAUGAAUGCAACCCGCACGAUUAGCAGGAUCCACGCGAUGUUCCGCGUUCAGGCGCGGUCAUCGCCAUCGAAACACUGUCAGGCCCAAUUUUUGGAAUUCGAACAAAAUUUCGCGUUCUGAGUGUUCAACUUUGCGAAAUUUUCAACUAGCCAUACCACAAAAAAAAACUAAAAUUCCGAAUCACCCCCCCUACAAUGCACCAAGCAUCAAGUUUCAUCCAGGACAUCCUGCUGCACAUCUGCUCUCCCGCGUCACUUCAUCGCUUCUCCUAAACAAGCAAAUACGCCCACACAUCUACAAAACACGCUGCGCAAAUUGUUCACUGAUUUUAAAUAGUAACAUUGAACCCUAGGAAGCAUAUGUUUAUUUAUAGAUUCUUAUAAGUAUUAUUUACUAUUUAAAUUAGGGUAACGUAAAUUAUUUGAUCUUUUGUUGAGGAUUGAGCGCUUCUUCUCGUAUGCGUAGAAGAACAAAUUUUAGAACAGAGAAAGAGAGAGAGAGAGUGCGAGCGGCCAGGAUUCGAGUGGAUCCUCCCAGAAAGCGGAAUUUUCUGACUAGGAGGACCGAAAGCCCUGGAUACCAACCGCCGAUCCCCGUAUAUCGUCACUUAUGGUGCAAAAGAUUGACUGCUUUUGCGACGAAAACACCACCCAUUCGAGGACCGACGCGUUGAUCUGCAGGGCUGCUCCUCGCAAAAGGACGAUUCCCGGAAAACCCUGGAAUCCACUGGAGUCUUCAGCGGCCGAUCAAACGUGACAGAGAGAGAGAAAAAAAUAACACAAUCCAAGCAGAACGGAACCAACCCUUUAAGAACACCUUCGUCCCCAAAGAAUGCCGACCAUAAGCGAACCCCCGAAAGGCGUUUGCUUAGGAGAAAAUCAUCCUCGAUCUUCCCUUAAAAACACUCAUUUUUAUCAUUUUUCAAAUUAUAUAUACUUUCUUUUAUUUUUUUAUUCCCACUUUUAAAUAUCAUUAGGCCAUAAGGAGCGUCCAUAAAAAAUAAGACAAAAGUGUAGUGAACGACACUUACACAAUCAAAAAAUAUUAUAGCCCUUAAACCCCUACAUACAUACACAAAGCUUUGCUCAAGCUCAAAAUUGACACACACACCCUAUUAAAAGGGUGGACACGCUUUACCUUUACUUCCUAUAUCUACCUAUUAUUCUGCUUAAAAAUGUGUAUAAAAGCAAGGCAUUAUAAAACUAUUGGAAUUGAGCGCUCCAACAAACCCCCGUGGGAGACAUAAACUCUUUUUUUUUAUCUUCAAAAAGUAAUAGAACACCUAUGUCUGCGAUAUUGUAUAAGUUUGUAGAAAUAGCACACACACACCCAAACACACAUAAGAAAAAAACACACACACACGGACAUACAAUUUGAAGGCAAAAAUUUGUAUUAUUUUUUUUAUAAAAGAGUAUAUAUUAUAAAGAGAGUAUAAGAAAAAUUGAAAUGAAACGAUGAAACAAGCAAAAGCAAUGUUGCUGAAUGAAAAUUGUAAUUGAGUAAAAAUAAACGAAAGAAAAAACAA